AUGUCGGACGGUGCCCCGUCAGGCGCAUAUCUCACUGACGGGGGAGAAAGGACUCAUGUGAACGGGAGCGCUAACCAGACUAUUGAUGUUCACGAAGGCGUCCCAAUUCCCGGCGAUUUCUCCGCUGGCAGCGCCUUUACCCCCGCGACGCAAGCACGGCGGCGCUUCAUAGAGGACAAGGGCGCGGGGGACAACGUGGCGGCGGAGCGGGCGGAGAUGCUUGCGCGCGUGCUUGCGCCCAGCGGAGACUGCCUCCCGCGGAUCAAGCUCGGCGCGGCAGGGGGGGCAGGGGAAGCUUCAGCGGGCUGGUUGGGAGCGGAGGUAGCUUCGCGCGCGAACACAACCCAGCCAAUAAGGCGAGCCCAGCGGCGAACGCUCACUCCAAAUGGCGGCGAGUCGUCGUUCCCCCUGUCCGUUGCCUCUGCGACCACCUUCGUCGCCGCGUGCGUCGUCGCUGCUGGCGCGGCCUUCGCACGGCACAAGUCGCUUCCCGCUCCGCCCGCUGCCUCCGUCUCAGCGAUGGUUGCAGAGGCCAGUCUGCCAGUCAAGGAUCAGGUGCUGGGCCACUACGCGGUGGAGGAAGCGCCUCACAGCGACCUGCGCCCCGUGCUGGGCGAUGGCAGCUGCGCACAGCAGCAGCGCGCUCGUUCCUGUCAAUGCAGGACGCGGCCAGGCGGGAUGGCAUCUUCCUCACGCCCCUCUCCGGGUGAGCGCUCCCACUCGUCCUCUCCACUCAUGUCCCUCCCACUCGUCCUCUCCACUCAUGUCCCUCCCACUCGUCCUCUCCACUCAUGUCCCUCCCACUCGUCCUCUCCACUCAUGUCCCUCCCACUCGUCCUCUCCACUCAUGUCCCUCCCACUCGUCCUCUCCACUCAUGUCCCUCCCACUCGUCCUCUCCACUCAUGUCCCUCCCACUCGUCCUCUCCACUCAUGUCCCUCCCACUCGUCCUCUCCACUCAUGUCCCUCCCACUCGUCCUCUCCACUCAUGUCCCUCCCACUCGUCCUCUCCACUCAUGUCCCUCCCACUCGUCCUCUCCACUCAUGUCCCUCCCACUCGUCCUCUCCACUCAUGUCCCUCCCACUUGUCAUCUCCUUUCACGCCCCUCGCUGGGUAGGCCCCUCCAUCUCUGUUCCUCUCAACCCUCUUGCCCGGUGCCAGUGUGCACGACAACCCUCCCCAUCGUUUCCCUUCCUCCCAACUCCCAUGUCGCAUCUCAAACGCCCUCCAUCAACCUUCAACUUCUUCCUCCCUCUCCCACUCUCUCGCCCUGCUUCUCAACGUCCUGUGCGGGACCAGCAGUCGGUGUUCUACGGAGUGAAGGCAGCGCGCAACCAGAACAUCAGGCAGCGAGCCAAGGUGCCACGAGGGGAUGUGGGUUGA